ACAAAUUUCACCAAAGGAAGCUCUGGUCGUGACGUCAUCCUCGCGGAGAGGGAAAAAAAAGAAGCAUGUGACGUAAAAACCAAGAUGGCGGCUCCCCUUCCCACGAUGAAAUUUUGGAAGCCGGGGUCGGAGGCUCCGGGGAUCUCCGAGGAGCGGGAGCUCAACACGGAGACCACCGGCUCCCCCAUCAUCUUCAACCCGCACACAGCCCUCUCCAUAGAGAAACAGCGGCAGAAACUGCCCGUCUUCAAGCACAGAAACAACAUUUUAUACUUGGUGGAGAGCUUCCAGACUGUCAUCAUAGUUGGAGAGACGGGAUGUGGGAAAACAACGCAGAUACCUCAGUACCUGCUGGAGGCGGGCUGGGCGACGGAGGGGAAGGUGAUCGGAGUGACACAGCCUCGACGCGUGGCUGCUAUCUCUGUAGCGAACCGUUUAGCAGAGGAGCGGGGAGCUUUGGUGGGGCACGAGGUGGGCUACACCAUCCGGUUUGAUGACUGCUCUGAUCCCCACGCCACGAGGAUUAAGUUCCUUACAGAUGGCAUGCUGGUGCGGGAGAUGAUGGCUGAUCCUCUUUUGAAAAAAUACAGUGUGUUGAUACUAGAUGAAGCACAUGAGAGAACCCUGUAUACAGACAUAGCCAUCGGUCUACUGAAGAAGAUUCAGAAAAAGCGGCGAGACCUCAGGCUGAUUGUGGCCUCUGCCACCCUGGAUGCCAAGAAAUUCCACGACUUCUUCAACCUGAACGAGUCCGGCGAUCCGGGCAAGGACACGUGUGGAAUUCUGACAGUGGAGGGACGCACCUUUCCAGUGGACGUCUUCUACACUGUCAGUCCUGUCCCAGACUAUGUGAAGGCCACAGUGGAGACGGUGCUAAAGAUCCACGAGACGGAGGACGACGGAGAUGUCCUGGCUUUUCUAACUGGGCAGGAAGAGGUGGAGAAAGUGGUGUCCCUCCUGCAGGAGCAGGCCAGGUCUCUGUCCCGAUACGGCAUGAAGAAACACCUGAGAAUUCUGCCCAUGUACUCUGGCCUUCCUUACGCUGAGCAGAUGAAGGUCUUUGAGAGGGCGCCCUCCUCUGUUCGCAAGGUUGUGGUGGCCACUAACAUCGCUGAGACCUCCAUCACUAUAAAUGGAGUCGUAUUCGUCAUCGACUGUGCUUUUGUGAAGCUGCGGGCGUAUAACCCUCGCACCGCCAUCGAGUCGCUGGUGGUUACUCCCAUCUCCAAGGCUUCAGCCAGCCAGAGGGCCGGGAGAGCCGGACGGAACCGCCCCGGGAAAUGCUUUAGACUUUACACAGAGGAGGACUUUGAGAAACUGCCUGCCUCCACUGUGCCAGAGAUGCAGCGCACCAAUUUAGCCCCUGUCAUCCUGCAGCUCAAAGCAUUAGGCAUUGACAACGUGCUGCGGUUCAGCUUCCUGUCUCCUCCUCCAGCUCAGACGAUGGUUCAGGCUCUAGAGCUGCUGUACGCUCUGGGAGGUCUGGACCAUUACGGACGUUUGACUGAUCCCAUGGGUGUCCGCAUGGCCGAGUUUCCUCUCAGCCCCAUGUUUGCCAAGAUGCUCCUGGAGUCAGGAAACUUUGGCUGCUCCAAAGAAAUCGUCACCAUUGCGGCAAUGAUGCAGAUUCAGAAUAUAUUUGUCGUCCCGCCCAAUCAGAAGAAAGCUGCUGCCCGAGAGCACAGAAAAUUUGCAGUUGCUGAGGGAGACCAUCUCACCAUGCUGAAUGUGUACGAAGCAUUCAUUAAGCACCAGAAGAGCUCCCAGUGGUGUCAGGAGCACUUCCUCAACUAUAAGGGUCUGCUGCGAGCUGUGACGGUACGAGAGCAGCUCCGGCGCCUCAUGAACAAGUUUAAGGUGCCGCGGACUUCAAGUGAAGGUGACCCUGAUGUGAUCUUGAAGUGUAUUGUAUAUGGGUUUUUCGCUAAUGCAGCCCGCAUUCACCAUUCUGGUUCCUACCGGACUUUACGAGACGACCGUGAGCUUCACAUCCACCCAAACUCUGUGCUGUUUGGAGAGAAACCUCCAAAAUGGGUUGUUUUCAAUGAAGUGGUGCAGACGGCAAAAUACUACAUGCGUGAUGUGACGGCUGUGGAGUCGUCCUGGCUGGUCGAGCUAGCUCCUCACUUUUACAAGCAGGCCAAGCAUGGUUCCCUGGCCAGCAAGAGGUCCCGGGUCCUCUGAACCUCACCGUCCCUUCAUCAUUUUAAGACCAGAAGACUCAUUGAAUUAAAAGGAGAAACGCCCUCUCUAAUUGCCACUGUGCCCCUUUUCAUUCCACUGUAUAUAAAGAUGUAAAAUAUAUAUUUAUUGUCCACCUGCACAACCCCUCCACACUAUGUGGCCAUGCUAGAAUGGGACUGAGUGGAUACUUUUUUUAGCGUCGACAUUAAAAACAAGUGACUUCAUUUAUAAAAGCAUUUCUCCUG